ACUGUGCUGCAUUUUUUUAUCUGGUGGCGUCGCGUUGUCGGUUUUAUUAAAAUUAAUUAUUUUCUGGGGCAAAGGCACAUAUAAUUAGAAGAUGCUGAGUCGCAAGCGUCGCGCCAGCUCCAUAUCGAGUCGCCAGGACGAGGAUCCGCUGAUGCUGGACGACUCGACGCCAGAGCAGUCGCCGGUGCAGCAGACAGCGACACAAUCGGCGCGAAAAAAGCGCCGCCUGGAUCCGACCGAGCUCUGCCAGCAGUUGUACGACUCCAUACGGAACAUCAAGAAGGAGGAUGGCUCAAUGCUGUGCGAUACGUUCAUACGGGCGCCCAAGCGUCGCCAAGAGCCCUCGUACUAUGACGUGGUGGUGAAUCCCAUCGAUUUGCUGAAGAUACAGCAGAAGCUCAAGACAGACUCUUACGACGAUCUGGAAGAUCUGAUGGCUGACCUGGAGCUGCUUAUUGGCAACGCGAAGGCCUUCUACAAGCCGGAGACCAUCGAGUACCGUGAUGCCCACGCCUUGUGGCAGCACAUUCAGUCGCAAAGGCAGCGCAUUAUGGAGGCCAAUGGCAUGGCCGAGGAAGAACCGCGCGCCAAGCGCAUUUCGCGCAACAUUCGCCGAAUGACGAACAGCACGGAGCCGGGCGGGGAUAUGGAUGAUGAAUUCAAUCAGUAUGAGGAGCUCUUUGCCUCCGUAAUGAUGGCCACCGACCCGAUGGGCGACAGGGCCAUGUACCGCAUGUUCCAGCUGCUGCCCUCCAAGAAGAUCUAUCCGGACUAUUACGAUGUGAUUGAGCACCCGAUUGACCUGCGUCUGAUUGCGACCAAAAUACAAAUGAAUGCCUACUCCUCGCUGGUGGAAAUGGAACGAGAUCUUCUGCAGAUGACAAAGAACGCGUGCCUCUUCAAUGAGCCGGGCUCGCAGAUCUACAAGGAUGCCAAGGCCCUGAAGCGCAUCUUUACGCAAAGGCGUAUCGAGCUGGAGACGGGCAAGGGCAAGCUGGCCAAGCGACUCAAGAAUUUGUCCAGUGCGGUGAUAGCCGCAUUGAAGGAAGAAGUGGAGAGCUCCGAUGACGAGGAGACGAGUAAAAAGGGCGAGGGACCCAUGUGGGCGCUGUUUGAUUAUCUCUACAAUGCGCCUGGGACUUCCGAGCAUCCUGGCACCACGGGUCCACCGCUGGGCAAUUCCCUGUGGAAGCUGCCAGUGCGUCGCUUUCAUCCGGAUUACUUUGAGAUGAUCAAGCGGCCCAUUUCCAUGAGCCAGAUCCACACGAAGCUGAAGAAGGGCGACUAUGCGAAUAUAAGUGAUCUCACCUCCGAUCUAUAUCUCAUGCUGGACAAUGCCAAGAAGGCGUUUCCGGUUACCCAUCGAACCCACAAAGAUGCUCUCAAGAUGCUGAAAAUUAUGAAUGCCAAACUCGUGGAGGAGUCCCUCGAGGAGACUGGAGACGAACUGGAAGACGAAGAGGGUGACGAUUUGCUAGAUGCUGAAAUCUUUUCAUCGACCAACACACAGCCGGAAAAACGGAAGCCGGGCAGGCCGCGCAUCAACUCCAAUUCGAAUUCAAACACAUCGCACACGCCAAACAACUCGAAUUCCCCCAAAACGAAUCGCAUUGCCAUCAAUGGGGCCAUCAAGAAGAAGAUUCUGGCCAUCCAGAAAUGCCUCGUUGAGUACUUGGUGGGCAAUCGUCGCCCCAUCGAGCUGUUCAUGGAGAAGCCGCUCCGUAAAGACUAUCCGGACUACUACGACAUCAUCCAGAAUCCCAUCGAUAUGAGCACCAUCGACCACAAUAUACGCAGCGAUCGCUAUGCAACUGUGGAGGAUGUUGUCUCCGACUACCGCUUGAUGUUCUCCAACUGUCGGCAGUACAAUGAGGAUGGCUCCACCAUCUACGAAGAUGCCAACAUACUGGAGAAAGCCCUCAACGAGAAGCUGAAGGAGUUCCCGGGCCUUGUGGAGGUGAAGAAACCUGUGCAAAAGUACUCCAAGGUGGGGCGCAAGCCAAAGACUGCACUAGUCACCGAUCGGCUCUGGCAAUUCUAUGAGACGCUGCGCGAGUAUCAGGAGCCCAAGGGCAAGCGUCAGCUGUCGCUGAUCUUCACCAAGCUGCCGUCGAAGAGCGAGUAUCCGGACUACUAUGACAUCAUCAAGGAGCCGAUGGACAUGGACCGCAUUGCCCAGAAGCUGAAGCAGUCCGCCUACGAGAGCCUGGACGAUCUGUCCGCCGAUUUCCUACUAAUGCUGGAGAACGCCUGCAAGUACAACGAGCCCGACUCGCAGAUCUAUAAGGAUGCCUUGGUGCUCCAGCAGCUGACGCUGCAGUUGAAGCAGCAGCUGCGCAUAGAGCGGGAUUCACAGCCGGAUGUGCCGCUGGCCGUACAGGAACUGUUCCUCACGCUCUUCACGACGCUGUACAAUCACCAGGAUGAGGAGGGACGCUGCUACUCCGACUCCCUGGCCGAGCUGGCCGAGUACGAUGAGUUGGGCGAGGGGGCCAAGGUGCGCGGCAUUUCGCUGGACUUGGUUAAGCGCAGACUGGACAAGGGCGCCUACAAGCGGCUGGACAUCUACCAGGAGGACAUCUUCUCCUGCAUGGAGCGUGCCCGCAAGCUGUCUCGCACGGACUCGGAUAUAUUUCAGGACUCCAUUGAGCUGCAGACCUACUUCAUACGCAAGCGGGAUGAGCUGUGCAAGGACACCCUGAGCUCGCCCGCUCUCAGCUUUACGCUGGAGCGCCUGUUGGCCGAUGUGGAGGUGAUGCGACGGCAGAAGCUGCUGCAGGAGGAGCAGGAGCAAGAGCAGGACAAGGAUGAGUUCAAUGCCGCCAGCAAGGGCGAGAGCAUGACAAUCAAUCAGCAGGUCUACUCCCCCGGCGACUAUGUGUACGUGCAGAUGCCGGAGAACAAGAUUCCAUCGAUAGCCUGCAUCGAGCGGCUGUGGACAUCGCCCAACAACGAGAAGCUGAUGCAGGGCUCGAUCUUUGUGCGGCCCCACGAGACGUAUCACGUGACGACGCGAAAGUUCCUCGAGAAGGAGGUGUUCAAGAGCAGCAUCUCGCAGACCAUUUCCAUGGACAAGGUGCUGGGCAUGUGCUAUGUGAUGCACAUCAAGGACUACAUCAAGAUGCGUCCCGAUCGGCUGCUCGAGAAGGAUGUGUUUGUGUGCGAGUCGCGCUACAAUCUGCAGGGACGCUGCUUCAAGAAGCUCAAGAACUGGCCCCAGAUACGCGAGGGUAGCUCCGUGCGGUUUGUGCCGCGCGAACAGCCGCUGGAGCUGAAGCGCGUGAUGUCCGUGUUCAAGGAGCGCAUUGAGAAGCACAAGGGUGAGCUCGAGGAGCUCAAAAUGCAGGAGGCAAUGGUGGAGAAGGAGAAGCCCAAUGUAUCCUGCGAUCCGCCACCGAAUGCCGAGAACAACAGCGUCUACUACCAGCAGUACAACACUGCCUGCAGCGGGGCCAUCAAGACGGGCGACUUUGUCUACGUGGCCACCCAAACGGGCAAGCAGUCCGUUGCGCAGGUCCAUCAGAUCUGGGAGCAGAACGGAAAGUCCUACUUCAAGGGUCCCUGGCUGCUGCCGCCCAGCGAAACAACGCCCGCCCUGGGCAAGCAGUUCUUCCGUCAGGAGCUGCUCCUGAGCACCGUCGAAGAGGUCAGUCCCGUGGUGGGUGUUGUCGGUCGCUGCGCCGUGCUGGAGUACGCCGAGUUCAUCAACUCCCGACCCACAGAGAUAGCCGAAAGCGAUGUCUAUAUUUGCGAGUCAGUCUAUGAUGAGGUGAAGAAAGCUGUGCGCAAAUUGGUGGUCGGCAACAUGCGCAAGUUCCAGCACAGCUCGGCCGUCACCGAGGAUGAGAUCUUCUACUUCAAGACCCCCAUCAAGCCGGCCAAAGAUGUGAAGAGCGAGAUCAACGAGCUGAGUAUGCUGGAGGACUCGAUGGAUGGGGAUACACCGUCACUGAGUUCCGAAAUUGCUACCAUGUCCUCGCCAGCGCCGUCUGUGAACUCCACACCGCUGACCUCCAAAGUGAAGGCUGCCAAAUCAGCCAAGAAGUGCCUCACCGGCUACAUUCUCUACUCCAGUGAGGUGCGAAAAGGCAUUUGUCAGAGCAAUCCAGAGGCUUCCUUUGGGGACAUAUCCCGUAUGGUGGGCAACGAAUGGAAGAAUCUACCGUCCAGCGUCAAGCAAAGUUGGGAGGAUCGAGCCAGCAAACAGAACGAGGAGACGGCAGCGUUGCGCCGUGAGAUAGAUGAUGCCCAGAACAGUGCCAGUCCUUCGUCCCAGGUCAGUGCCACACCGGAGACUCCAGGGCCGCCACUCACCUACGAGUGUCAGUGGGACAAGUGCGAUUUCCAGUUUGAGGAAAUGCCCGACUGCACCGAGCACUGCCUUUCCGAUGCCACCGGACACAUACAGCGGCAUCCGCAGGCGGGCGUUGAAAUUGAAUACGUCUGCCUCUGGCGCAACUGUUCGCGCAUCAAGAAGUCCACCCAGGGAUUUCCCAACGUGCUGCGGCUCAUCAAGCACGUGCGCGAGGUGCAUUUGAGUAAGUGCGGCAAGGUCUUGGGCAUUGCCGAGCGCAGCAAGAACUUUGUGCCGCGCCGGCAGAAGCACAUGCCGCCGAUGGCUGUCACUGUGCCAAUUCCGCCCAUCAAUGCCCAUUCACCACGUGCCCCCAACACCAUAGAGGCAGUGCAGCUGCAACAGCAGCCGCCACACACUCAGCAGAUGCUGCAGCAGCAGCAAACGAUUGUCCUCGGCCCACCGCCAGAGCCGAUGUUUGUCACCGUUCCACCGCGCACCACUCGCGUCAUCCACUCGGAGGCCUACAUCAAGUACAUCGAGAGCCUCCAGACCGGCAGUCAUCUCAAUGUGGCCGCCUGCAACAACAACUGGCGUCGAGCCCUUACCCACGUGACUCCCGCCCAAGUUGCGCCAAACGCGCCACUGCCCGAACACUGGCUGGGACCCAAUGUCCGUGAUCAGGAUAGCGUUGUGCAGGCCCUGUGCCACCUACGCAACUUUAUGCUAGACGAUGUGCUGCAGAUACGCCGCAGCUGUAACUAGCCGCUAAGCAACUAGCCUCAUAAGUCCAAAGCGUUUCGAGUUCAACAAUUAAAGUAGCCCCCAGCAUGUUUUCGUAUCUAUUAAGCAUAAGCAGUCGUUUCAGGACAAUCGUAUCAUUAAUUGUGAACUAUGAGUACAUAUUUAAAGGUGGCACAAAAUACCCAGUCCAACUCAAUUGGACUGCAAUUCUGUUUCCCUUAAUUCUUUCAACAAAUUGUUUAUAAAUGCUAAA